AUGACGAAUCAUAAUGUAAAAACAAUAAAAUUGGUGAUUUGGGAUACAGCUGGUCAAGAAAAAUUUCAAACUAUUGCAAGUAGUUACUAUGGAGGUGCUCAUGGUAUCAUCAUUGUUUUAGACGUAACCAAUUCGGCAAGAGAUUCAAAUAUUGUUGCUGUUUUUCAUUGUGACCGAUAUGCUCAAAUGUUACUCAUCGGUGAUUCAGGCGUUGGUAAAACAAGCCUUUUAAAGCGCUUCACUCUUGAUAUAUUCGAUGAGAGUUUUCAUCCAACAAUUGGAGUUGAAUUUACAACGAAGUCUGUCACAAUUAAUGGAAAAACAUUGAAAUUACAAAUUUGUGAUACAGCAUUUCAAGAACGAUAUCGAAGCAUUACAAACGCUUACUAUCGUGGCGCACAAGCUGUCAUCAUUGUUUUUGAUGUUACGAAAGCUGAGUCAUUCGAUAAUCUCAAAAUGUGGUUGGAAGAACUCAAUCAACAUUUAGACCAAAGUGUAAAAAAGAUAUUAGUCGGCAAUAAAUAUGAUUUGAUCUAUGACAGAGUCGUUGGUCGUGAAACAGCGCAAAAAUUCGCUGAUUCCUUGAAUAUUCCAUACGUGGAAACAUCAGCGAAGGGAUCAAUGAAUGUCGAAGAAGCGUUUAACAUUCUGUUGACUCAGAUUAUGUCGAUUCCUGAAGCAGCGUCAUCGGAGAAGACCGCUCAACAAGAACCAAUUCUAGAUACAGCAACGCAUACACCUGAAUACUAUCAUCUAUUUAAAAUAAUUCUAGUCGGAGAUUACAAUGAUGACACAUUCAAUGAAAAUUCCAUAACAACUCUCGGCGUUGAUUUUAAAUGUCGAACGAUCAAAAUAAACGGGAGAAAAGUCAUGCUACAGAUGUGGGAUACAGCUGGCGAAGAAAAAUUUGGAACACUUCAAAGUCGAUAUUAUGAAGGUACUCAUGGUGUUAUAGCGAUCAUUGAUCUUACGAAUGAGCAAUCCUUGGAGAACAUUCUUAAGUGGGGUGAGGAAUUCGAUCGACAUCGACUAGACGCUACAAGCGUUGUAAUAGUUGGUAACAAAUGCGAUUUGACACAUGAAAGAGUUAUCGCUGCUGAAACCAUCCAAAAAUUUGUUGAAUCGGCUGGUGUAAAAUAUAUAGAAACAUCGGCGAAAAAUUCGAUUAAUGUUGAACAAGUGUUUCAAGCGAUUGCUACCGAAAUUAUGUCUACUCUUCAACAAGCAGAAUCGCCACCAGAAUCUAAGCCAGUGGAAACUCCUACACCGGUCAAACAGAAUUACGACUAUCUAUGUAAACUAAUCGUCGUGGGCGAUGCUGGGGUCGGCAAGUCAUCGAUCCUGUCGCGCUUUGCUGAUAAUACCUUCGAUGAAAGCUACCUUGCUACGAUCGGUGUUGACUUUAAAAUUUCCAAAAUCGAGCGGAAUGGAAUAACAAUUAAACUUCAAAUAUGGGAUACAGCUGGGCAAGAAAGAUUUCGGACUAUCAUAAGUAAUCAUUAUCGAGGUGCACAAGGUUUCAUCAUAGUUUAUGAUGUUACAAACGCUCAAUCGUUUGAGAACAUUAAAGUGUGGUUAGAUUCAAUCGAUCGAAAUGCAAAUGAAAACGCAAAGAAGUUAUUAGUCGGUAACAAAUGUGAUUUAACAUCCAGCAGAGUUGUUGAUCAGACUGCUGUUCAAAAAUUCGCUGAUUCACUACACAUUCCAUACGUCGAAGUAUCGGCGAAGAGUUCGGCUAAUAUCGAGCAGGUAUUUGAAAUCAUGGGAAAUGAGUUUAUGUCGACUCUUCCGCUAACUCUCGGUCAGCAAUGCGAAAGUAAAACAGUUAAAAACACAGCUUCGGCUACAAAUGAACCGAACUAUUUGCUAAAAUUGGUCAUCAUCGGAGAUUCUGCUGUUGGCAAAUCGUCGUUACUCUCACGUUAUGCGAAUAAUACCUUCAAUGAAAGCUUUAUUCCAACCAUUGGAACUGAUUUCGCAUGUCGUACAAUACAAGUUGAUGGAAAAACAACUAAAAUAUCCUUUUGGGAUACGGCUGGUCAAGAACAAUUUCGAACUAUUACAAAUAGUUACUAUCGAGGAGCCGAUGGCAUUAUCCUGAUGUUUGACGUGACCGAUAGAGCAUCGUUUGAAAAUAUCAAAAUGUGGUUGCAGAAUAUUGAGCAGCAUGCAUCGAAUAGUGUCAAGAAGUUAUUAAUUGGUAACAAAUGCGAUUUAGUAUCACGCAGAGUUAUCGAUCACGACGCAAUUAAGGAACUCGCUGAAUCGUCAGGAUUAUCAUAUAUGGAAACAUCAGUAAAGAAUGCAAUCAAUGUUGAGCAAGCAAUCAGUAGCUUUGCUUCUGAAAUAUUAGCGACAAAAACAAAUCCAUUGCCUCGACUUGUAUCAACAAUAGUACAGACAUCUCCUGUCAAUCAAAAGUCUGAAAACAAAUCUUUUGUCAGUACAAAAUCGAACAACUCCGAAUAUGAUUAUUUGUUAAAAAUUUUGUUGAUUGGAGACUCUGGUGUAGGCAAAUCUGCAUUGUUGUUACGCUUUGUUGAUGAUACCUUCAGUGAAGCUUUUCUCACAACGAUCGGAGUUGAUUUUAAAAUUCGGACGAUUGAUUAUCAUGGGAAAAAUGUGAAAUUGCAGAUUUGGGAUACAGCUGGCCAAGAAAGGUUUCGAAUUAUUACAAAUGCUUAUUAUCGAGGUUCACAUGGUUUCAUCGUAGUUUAUGAUAUUACAAGUCUUGAAUCGUUUCAAAAAAUCGAAAUGUGGUUCAAUUUAAUCAAGGAAAAUGCAAAUCAAAACGCUAAAAAGCUUUUAGUCGGAAAUAAGCGUGAUUUGACAUCGCAGAGAAUUGUUGAUUAUGCACAAGGAAAAGAACUCGCUGACUCGUUAAACAUUCCCUAUGUGGAAACAUCGGCGAAGAAUUCGACUAAUGUCAAACAAUUAUUCAUGGAUAUGAUAAGUGAACUCUUACCGAGUGUAUAA